AUGUGGUUCGCCAAAAUCGUCCUGGCCCAGCUGGGUGCAGUGCUCGUGUUGUCUUUACUCAAGACAAUAAUUUCUGCUGACAGUCUCUCUCUCUCUCUUUCUCUCGCUCUUUCUCAGAAACCUGCCCCCGUAUCACAGGACGAGACUGGCAUCAACUGGCCGUCAUCCCUGAACACCACCACACUCCCGCCAUUAGCGAUGGUGGACAACCUGUCGUCGCGUGCUUCACCUCCACCCCUGAGGCUCGACUGUCGGGACAACCCGAACAUGGAAAGAGACCCGAGGUGGCACCCCGAGACGCUCGACAAGGUCAGUUGUGAAUACUGCAAAGGACUGAGCUGGGGCUGCGGACUGUGGUCUCACUGGAAAGUGGUACUCCCAAACGACCACCUCUUCGACGAGCAGUUCUGGAACCACAAGGACCCCUCCCUGCGGAAACAAGCCUGCGGCCGCUCCUUGUGGAUCCUGAACGCAGCCCAGGGCAAGCGCUCCGGCGCCUGCCAGAUGGACGACCAGGGAACGGCCACAAUCAAGUUCCAGACGGUCUCGAUCGUGUUGGGGGAGGCUGUCGAGGAAGCGGUGAGCCUGUCGACGUGCGGCUUGAUACAGACCGAGUGCAUGAUGGUCAGGGGGAUUCCUUAUUAG